UUUUCCGGCCCGCCGAUCAUUUGCUGUCACUCUUACAAGAGAAAAUACAUAAUGCGCUGUAUGUAAAAAAAAAGAAAAAACACGUUCCUUUUUAUCGCGUUCCGACAGAGCGUUUUGUGAGGAAUUUAUCGACAUUCGACAAAAACCGGAAUUUCUAGAGAAUAACGUUUUGCGGAGUUUGCGAACAUGAGUUCGCGUUGUAGAAAUAGAGGGAAAAGGGCCGCGCGCACAUAGAUCACAAGAGAUAGAAAGAUCGUGUGCGAUCUAUUUUUAUAUACAAAACGUUUCGCACGGCCGUCGCCGUGAUUCUUCGUGUAUCUCGCUCAAGAUUUCAUUGCUCAAAAUGACCGAGAAUUUGCCCGAGGAAGUAACCAAGUCGAGUUUUCGUCGACGGGUGUGGGACUACAUGACAAAGAACGAAAUUGCAAACAGUUUUCCUACGAACAUAUACCAUCGUAUCCCAAACUUCAAAGGUGCUGCGGAAGCGGCUCAGCGAUUGGCCGAAUUGGAUGAAUUCAAGAAGGCAAGAAUCAUAAAGAUUAAUCCGGACAAGCCACAGGAACCGGUACGAUUUUUAGCUCUGGAAGCUAACAAGGAAAUUAUCGUGCCUAUUCCCAGGUUAAGAUCUGGCUUGUUUCGGCAUGUCACGCCAAUUGGUGGCGCGACAAAAGGUCAAUUAAAAACGCUGGCUUCCAUGCGUGGCAUGGAGCAAUAUGGCAAACCACUGGGACUUGAAUCUAAUAUUAAGGUGGAUCUGGUUGUACUGGGAUCUGUGUGCGUCAGCCGGGACGGAUAUAGGCUCGGCAAAGGCGAGGGUUUUGCUGAUCUCGAGUUUGCAAUGAUGAUGAGAAUGGGCGCGAUAUCAGAUAAUACAACCGUAAUCACGACCGUGCACGAUUGCCAAGUUGUAGAUCACUUGCCGCAACAAUUGUUCAAAGAGUACGACGUACCGGUUGACAUAAUCGUCACGCCGACGCAGAUUAUUUUCGUUGGGCAGAGACUGAAGAAACCAUCCGGCAUUCUGUGGCACAUGCUCAGCGAAAGAAGACUCAAAUCCAUGCAGAUAUUGCAGCAGCUCAGGCAGAUGGAUGAAAAAGAUGGCAAAAUUGUAGCUCUGAAGGAAGUUGAUUCGGACGUGGAGACACGUCAGUAUAUCAAGAAUCGCGUUAAAAAUCCAAGGAACAAACGGCGUGUUAACGUGAGUAAAGACGCACCUAAUGUGGAAAACUCUAAUAGGGAAGGUGACGGAGAGGUCGAUAAGCCACGUUUUCCACGAAAACGGGCGUACAAGAAGACGAAAACGAAAACGGAAGAGGACAACGGCACGUCACAACGGCGUAAAAAUCUUCGCGGCAAAACGAAAGGACAUAUUGAUUUCUCUCUUAAACUCUCCAACAUAUCGUCCGGCGUGAGAGUCCGCGAUCUGAAGAACGCGCUCUCGGAACGUGGCGUUAAACCGAGCGAAAUAAUUUGGCAGGGUUAUCGCGGCAUUUGUUAUCUUCACUUCAGCAAACUCAGGAACGACGCGACUCUGCCAAAUCAACCGGUUCAGGUAGAUUCAAUCGUGGCGAAUUUACAACAACUCCGAAUCGGCGAGACCGCGAACGACCAGGAGGGUUUUAUAAUUGUAGAACCGGCGAAACCAAUCUCUAGAAUCGAGGUAACGAAUGUUACAACCGUUUAAAAAACACUUAUCAAACAAAAAAAAAAAACUACUAUCGAGUGUAUGUAUUUGCGUGUUACGUAUUGUUUUUAUUUUCAUUCUUUCAACAAAAAAGUGCAUGUAUGAUCAAACGUAUAUUCAUAUUUACAUAUAUUUUCUCAUUUACACAGAGUGCUCGAAAAAUGUGUUAGAAAUUCUUUCGCGCGGGUGUUUUUAAUUAUAUUUAUUUUAAUUAUAUCGUUUUUUUUUUUUUUAAGCGGAAUUACAUUUAAUGAUCUUAAGUGUGUGGAAAUUUAUAUAUAAAUUGAUAAUUUUUAGCGUUUAUAUUUUAUUUUUUGUUGUUUUGAGUGUUAAUAUUAACGUACUGGGAAGAUUUUUUGAUCUAGACAGCGAAAACAAUGACCGUUUCGAAAACAGAAGAAACAAACAAUCGAGAUCUUUUUGGUUCUAGACCAGAAAAAAACCAUCUUAAAAAGUCAAAUAUAUUUGUAUGUUACGGCUUUAAAUAAGCGCGAUAUAAUGUUAACUCUGGAAUGCACACUCAAACGUUUGUGCAUUUUUAUUCACGCGCGUAUGGAUCUUUUUGUGCCACGUUUACUUCCAAGGUGUUUACUUCGUACAGACAGCUGAGCUGUAAGAACUUCGCGCGAGUAACAAACAUCGCGACGUGGGUGAAAACUUCAAUCAAUUUUGAUAUAAAUUGAUCAUGAAGUCGUUUUGAUUACAGUCCGACGUUUUGAUUCCAUACGUUUUUUAAAUGAAAAUGAUUUGUUUGCGAAUAGAACUGUGCGACUUUAAAGUCCGUCAGAACUCUGUGCGAUGCGCGUUUUAUCGAAGCAAAAACUGUAGAAUGUGCAUUCUGGGGUUAAAAACAAUCACAUGACACAGAUUAACAUAUACCAGACUUGGACAAACAAUACAUUUGUGUAUUUUACGCCUUAUAAAUUUACACAAACAUAUGUUUUUUAUAGUUAUUUUAUACAUGUUAUAUUGUUAAUUUACUUAGAUCUAUAUUGAAGUUGUAUUUGCGAAUUAGUCUAAGAUAUAAUAACGCGUCAAUAGUAACAAUUUUUGAGUUUGAUUUAAACUGAAAUGUGAUAUUUAUCUAACAAUUUAUCUAACGAGAUGUGAGAUUUAUCUAAUGAAAUGCGAAUACCAAUAGUUGUUACACAUAUAUAUAUUUUGGCUACUGAUUUUAUUUAUAUAAUACUUACGUAUUAAUAAAAACCGUUCGAGAUGUACGAAAGAAAACAAAAAUAACGAUAAAUAUUCUCCCAAAAAAAAUUAGUCGCAAUAAUCUGUGAUCACCGGGUUAUAGGAGUAAGACACAACUCUGUUUCAUUAAAAAAAAAACAAAAUAUAGCACAAACAGCAAAUUAUUAAAAUAAAUUAAACAGAGUAAGAUAUAUAUAUAAAAGACACUUUGCAUAAAAGAUUCUUCGAAGAAGCCAAGGUUUGUUAAAUAGAAACAAAUAUGACUUCAAUUUUUUUACAGCGCAAAAGUAUUACCAAAAUAUUUUAUGUGUGUAAAUUGUGAAGAGAAAAAAACAUUUUCAUAUCAGAAUAUGAAGUUGAUAUUAGAAAUAUUUGAGUUAUUUUAACUCCCAGUAUUAACAAGAAUAAAAAAGAUAUAAACUUUAAAAAAUAGAAAGUUUAUCAGAUGAAGUAUAACAUUUCUGUGCACAGGUAAAGAGAAACAGAGUGUACACUAUUUUUUCAAACAUAUAUAUUUUUUUGUAAAAGAAAGGAAAUAUAUAAAUACUAUAUUUUUGUUCGCAUGCUCUUUACGAGUCGUUUUUAUAGGCGCGUUGCGGUCUUCCAGUGUGUCUUUUGAAUAGCAUCCGAUGAGCUUACCGAUGUAUCAGUCGAGAAAUAGAAAAAAAAAAAAAAAAACGGUAAAAACUUUUGUGAUAUUAAUAAAUAUGAUAUUUCUUGUUUCUAGACAUAUACAAUAAUCAUAUAAUUAUAUAGAAUCAAUGAUAAAUACUUUUAUCAUUAAAUAAUUAACACGUAAAAAGUGGAAAACACGGCCGUACACGUAGGUCGACCGUGUUUUUCAUUGUUUUGGAUUUUAAAUAUCCUGAGACUUGGGUCUUCGUUUUUUACUUAUCACAUAUGCGUUGUAUGUAUAUAUUAUAAAAAAUAAAACACAUAAAAGAUAGUGUUUUAUUUUCAUUCAAUCUGUUUUGUGCUCAACGCAGCGUACUUAAUCGAUCUUAAAGUGUCAUAAAAUUUUUGUCGUUAAAAACAUAUUGUCAAAUGUAAAUUAAGUUAUAAUGUUUGUAUACAAACUCAUCAAUGUUGUAAAG